GCUAUGGAGCACAUCCGCACCACCAAGGUAGAACAAGUGAAAUUACUGGACAGGUUCAGCACAAGCAAUAAGUCGCUGACGGGAACUUUGUACCUUACAGCAACUCAUCUGUUAUUCAUAGAUUCAAGCCAGAGAGAGACAUGGAUACUUCAUCAUCACAUUGCUGCAGUAGAAAAACUUCCCUUGACUACUUCUGGCUGUCCCCUCGUCAUCCAAUGCAAGAACUUCAGGAUAGUUCACUUUGUUGUUCCCAGAGAGAGAGAUUGUCAUGAUAUUUAUAACUCUUUGCUUCAGCUGUCAAGAACAGCAAAAUAUGAAGAACUGUAUGCCUUCUCCUAUAAUCCAAAACAAAAUGAAUCUGAGCAAGUCAAAGGUUGGCAGCUUAUUGAUCUAUCAGAAGAAUAUAAGAGAAUGGGAGUGCCAAACGAUUACUGGCAGUUGUCAGAUGCAAAUCGUGAUUAUAAGAUUUGUGAAACCUAUCCUAGAGAACUUUACGUUCCCAGAACUGCAAGCAAGCCCAUAAUUGUUGGUAGCUCCAAGUUCAGAAGCAAAGGAAGAUUCCCAGUGUUGUCGUAUUACCAUAAAAAUAAAGAGGCUGCAAUUUGCAGAUGUAGUCAACCUCUCUCAGGUUUCAGUGCCAGGUGCUUGGAAGAUGAACAUAUGUUGCAAGCCAUCAGUAAAGCAAAUCCUUCAAAUCGGUACAUGUAUGUCAUGGACACCAGGCCAAAGCUUAAUGCAAUGGCAAAUAGAGCUGCUGGGAAGGGUUAUGAAAACGAAGACAACUACUCCAACAUUAGGUUCCAGUUUGUUGGCAUUGAAAAUAUUCAUGUAAUGAGAUCCAGCUUACAAAAGCUUCUGGAAGUCAGUGGCACAAAGGGUUUAUCUGUCAAUGACUUUUUGUCUGGCUUGGAGAAUUCUGGAUGGCUGCGUCAUAUCAAAGCUGUGUUGGAUGCUGCUGUCUUCCUAGUCAAGGCAAUAGCAGUUGAGAGUGCAAGUGUAUUAGUGCAUUGCUCAGAUGGCUGGGAUAGGACUUCCCAAGUUUGCUCUCUUGGAGCUCUCCUGCUGGAUUCCUAUUACAGAACAAUCAAAGGAUUCAUGGUCCUGAUAGAGAAAGACUGGAUCUCUUUUGGGCACAAGUUCUCUGACAGGUGUUGUCAGUUGGAUGGUGAUCCAAAAGAGAUCUCACCAGUGUUCACCCAGUUUUUAGAAACUGUGUGGAACCUGACUGAGCAGUUUCCACAAGCCUUUGAGUACAAUGAAGCUUUCCUCCUUCAAAUCCACGAACACGUCCAUUCAUGCCAGUUUGGUAACUUCCUUGGAAACUGCCAAAAAGAACGAGAAGAACUCAAAUUAAAAGAGAAGACAUAUUCCUUGUGGCCAUUCCUUCUGGAUGAACAGAAGAAGUAUCAGAAUCCUCUGUAUAAUCCAGACUUUUCUCCAGAGCUAACUCUUUUGGAGCCCAAUACAGUAUCAUUCAAUUUUAAGUUUUGGAGAAAUAUGUACCAUCAGUUUGAUCGAAGUAUGCAUCCCAGGCAGUCUGUAUUCAAUCUGAUAAUGAACAUGAGUGAACAAAAUAAACAACUGGAGGAAGACAUUAAGGAACUGGAAGCUAAAAUAAAGCAGAGAAACGGGCAGCCAGAUGCAGUCCUUUUGAAGGAACAUCAGCAGCCUGUUCAUCCAGCACCCGUGGCACUGAAGAGCCCUCCAUGCUUCAAAAAGGAGCAGCCGCUGAUCCCUGUGAAUGAUGCUGUAAGAACUAUAGAGGGCAGCAACACCGCAGACAAUCGCUACAGUGAAUUCGUGGAGGAGUUCUCGAAAGCUGAACCUGCUGUCGUCAGCUUGGAGUAUGGAGUGGCCAGGAUGACCUGCUAAUUCAAAUCUGCCGCUGUGCUCCUCUUCUAGACUGCUUGAAUUAAGGGACGGAUUAUUUUGAGGAGGGCGUCUUUGCUGCAUGACCAAAACAUGAUUUGUAUAUCAGCAAGUUUUGUUCACGUAGACUAGAACAGCAUGCAGGUUGUCAAGUGUUUGCUGUUCUUUUAAAAACAGAUAAGGAAGUGUAGUUGUGUUUUAAAGGAAAUAGGGGCAUUGGUAAGUAAUGACUAAAAAUCAAGGAAGGGUAUGUCUUUGGACUUCAGUCUGUUUGCACUAAAUUGAUUAAAACAGUGAUAUUACUUUACUCAGUAUGGGAAAACACAGGUGGUCUUUCACAAAUUGAUUUUAUUUGGGCAAGAAAACUUGAAAUUUCUAUUUUAGGAACUGAAGAUACAUGUAUAUAUCACAUAUGAAUAUGUAUACACUUGUUUAAUGUCACCAAGUACUAAUUUUCAGUGUAUGAAGUGCCAUGGAAAAGUAUAUGUUUCAAAUCACAAAGAGUUGGCCUUAAACCUGUCAGAUCAAUGAUAUAUUUGUCCUUUACUAUUGCAGUCUACCUGGCUCUGUUUACAUUGUAUUUGCUCAAAUUCUUAUUUCCUUAAAGCAGGACUGAAUAUAAGGAAUGAAGCAUGCCUAAGCUGGCACAGCCUUUUGACCAAUAGCGAUAUGAAUGUUAACUUAUCACUGAAGACUGUUUUUUCCAGUUCCUCAGUCAUUUAAAAUAUAAUAGAUUGGUCUGAUUUCUUUGUCAGCUCAGUAGAUUGAGCAUCACUGAAGCUACAGGUUGCGUCUGACCUUAAAUGUUUUGAUUUCUGGCAAGGUAUUGAAGUGCAGAGCAGAAUAUGUCACGUAAGAAAACAAAACUUAGACAAAAACUGGAUUGUCAGGUUCAUUCAGAUUGUGUGCUAAGCAGUUGUUCAGGUCACAAGAACGGAAGCAGAAUUUUCAGAGGUGUAGUCUAAUGACUGUUCCCAAGUAAAAAAUAAUCCUGUGGUCAAAACGUAUGAGAAACGGAGUGCCUCCUAAAUCUUUCAUUAGAAGAAAAUUUAGAUUUUUUUUUUUAAUUGAAAUCCCCUGCUCACCUUAAAGUUAUCCAACCUUUGCAUAUUAUAAGUAAUUUCAGUAGAAUUGGGAGAUUUUUAUGUAAUUGGAGAGAGGACAAAAGCUCCUGGCAGGAUGGAUCAUGGGACAUAAGAAAAAAGAGGAAAGAUUAGUUUUUUAGCUUGAUUAUGUACAUGUAAACCACUCAGUGAGAAGGUUUUUGCUCAAGUUUGGUGGAUUUUCUGAGUAGAUAACAGAACAGGGAAGAAAAAUGCCAGUGCCCAGUUUUUCGAGAGGUGUAAGUUUGAGUAUUGAGAUCCAUAGGCUUGAUGUUAGAUUAAUGCUACUGACCUUUUAUCUCUAGAUUUAAAUCAUUCUCUUACUAAUCCCUGACAUUUGUUCUGUUAAGAACUACUGGUGCACCACACAAUUUGACUUAGUUGGCAGUAUUUCCCUCUGUACCAUAUUGGAUCCAAGACUCUAUUAACAAGGCCAGUAUAGGUCAUGAUCACAAAUUGCAUUUGUGAAGCUGUCUGGGAGAAAUUAACUGUGACUCCUGUAUUUUGGGUAUUAAUUCACCCAUUUCACUUGUUUUUUAAAAGCCUCUAAGAGUAAAUAAAGGCUUAUAAGUAUUUUUAUUCCCAAAGAUAGAAAUAUAGUGUCAUCUUGAAAAUAUAUUAUCCAGCCAUUUAAACAUGUCUAGAAUUUCUCCACUACAAGUUUUGAUAGUUCCACAUUUGCACAGUGGUGCCUUACAGGGCUGCAGCAAGAGAGGUUUCUGUGCCUUGCUGUUGUCUCUCCUUUUCCCUCGCCUUCUGUAUCAACUCACUCCUGUGGUUUUCUUUUGGAAAAGCAUUGUGUGUAUUAAGCUUGUGUUGUAUCACAGUAGUGACAAAUUUAUCACUGACAAUAUAGGUAAGU